AUGUAUUAUCAGAGAGCUGACACUGCAUAUCUGCUGCUCUACGUCGAUGACAUCAUCCUCACGGCGUCCGCCUCCGAGCUCCUUCAGCGGCUCAUGGCUUGUCUUCGUGAUGAGUUUGCCCUCAAGGACUUGGGGCCUCUGCAUUACUUCCUCGGCAUCGAGGUGGUCCGCCGAGCUGACGGUUUCUUUCUGCAUCAGCAGAAGUACGCCCACGAGCUUCUGGAGCGUGCCGGCAUGCUUAACUACAAGCCGUCGGCCAUUCCCGUCGAGACAAAGGCCAAGGUCUCUGCCCUGGAAGGGUCUCCCGCGUCCGAUGCAACAUUUUAUCGCUCCAUUGUUGGUGCCCUGCAGUACCUGACGCUGACACGCUCGGACCUGCAGUAUGUUGUUCAGCAGGUGUGCCUCCAGAUGCACUCCCCGCGUGACUCUCAUUGGGGCUUGGUGAAGCGUAUCCUCCAUUACAUACGCGGCACUAUGUCCUUGGGACUCACAUUGACGGCCUCCGCCUCCACCGAUCUCGUCGCCUACUCUGAUGCAGACUGGGCCGGCUGCCCCGACACCCGUCGCUCUACUUCAGGCUAUUGCGUCUACCUUGGGCCCUCGCUGAUCUCUUGGUCGUCCAAGCGACAUCCCACGGUCUCCCGCUCGAGUGCCGAGGCAGACUAUCGGGCAGUGGCUAAUGCCGUGGCGAAAUGCUCUUGGCUCCGUCAGCUGCUCCAGGAGUUGCUUUGUGAUGUUCACAAGGCCACACAUGUCUAG